AUGCAAGUUGGUCUCGACUCCAUCACGCUCGGCCAGCUGAAGGCCAUGGUCGGCUCCGCGCCGAAACCUAAGCAAUCGUACUACGACUUCCAAUAUAAUGAUGAAGACACAGUCUUGAAUGAGAUUGAAGAGUUCUAUUCGUAUGUGGAGACUCCCCAGGUCGCCGAGAACCUAAAGGCAUGGGAGGGCUCGUUUCCCGGAGAUUGGACCUCGAGCUCCUUCGCACAGCGCAAGGCCCAUGUUGAAGUACUCCUGGAGAGCCUGGAGCAUCGCGAUGCGGAGAUUCGUUUCACAAAUGCCCGACGCCUAUUUUACGUUCUGCAAGGUACCUUCGCGGAGACAACUUCGCAAGAAGAUCAACUGCAUUGGAUAUUCGAGAACUGCAAGGUUGUCCGGGCAGCCAACGGCGUGACUAGCAUCAUCGAGGCCAUCAAGAUAGCAAGCUCAAAGCAUGAUCUCUUAUGCACCCUAUCAGAUGCAGAUGCCGCGCACUUCAGCAUCUCCCCGCAGGAGAGAUCGGACUUCUUGGAGGAAGUGACCACAGAGCUAUCAGUGUAUCUAGGCAUGCUUUAUCACAUGGUCGAAGUCUUCAAGGGUCACGACGAUUUUGCCGAUGAGCUGAUGAGUCUGGAACCACCGCUCCCGGUUUAUCUGUUCAAUGUGGUGGCCGGCCUGCGGGACAAGAGCGCUAAGGGAUAUCCUGUGAAGAAGCUCCUCCUGGUCCUCUGGAAGACUAUCCUGACUUGCUGUGGCGGCGUUCGCGAGCUAGCAUCUGUGAAGAAAGUGACACGGGAACUUGCGGGCCUCUCAGCGGUCCCUGAAGAAGCUGUCCCAAUAAAGUCAUCCCCAUUGGACUUGGAAGUAUUCCGACAGGAAAUCUCUGUCAAGUAUCCAACGUUCAACCCGCCACCCGUCGCAGUGCCCGCAGCGACACCCGUGACAACCGCGAAGCUCGCGCAGGCAUAUUCGCCUAUACCAGUACGCCACCAUUAUGACCACGAUCCCGCCGAGUCACAACACCAAGAGCACUCCCACAAUGCCAUGCCACAUCCAUUCAAUCCCAACCAAGGUGGCUCUUCCUUCCGCCCUAUCCCCCAGCCAGCCACUCCAGCCCCUUCGCCACCGCCCUCCCCUAAGCCCAAGAAGCAGCAGUUUCAGACGGACCAGAGCCGUCCGUUCCUCUUCCCAUUUUCGCGGACGAACAUCGGCUACAAUGACUCGCGUCUGGUCCCAUUCGCUAUCGAUGAGGCAGACAGGCUCUACGCCAAGCACAUGUAUGCCAGUCUCUCGCUCUGGCAAAUGUGGAAGACACGCGAAGAGUGUAUGACCGCGGAGAGCGGUCUGGACUACCUUCCUGGAGCGGAGCGGCCAUCUGAACCCAAAAUACCUUUGAUCUCUCGGUCGUUGGAUGACGAGGCUGGCGAGAAACUUCCAGAUGUAGCCAUUCUUGACGCCAAGAUCGCAGAGGCUGAGCAGGCUAUGAAGGAUGGCGAGACCUCAUCUGCCAGGCGCCUCGCGAAGGACCGGCGAGAGGACAUGAUGCGUCUGAAACGGGUGGAGCAAAUCUACAGCGCCGUGCUACCCGUGCUCCCCGGAUGGGUGCUUGUUUUACUUAAGUUACUCCUGGCAACGGUGUCCACAGGCAAUGGGGCUGUCGCACCGCAUGCAGCCGCGGGAUUUCCGCCAGGCGUCGUUUCCCCACUCGACCAGUCCCCGCCCAAACCUGCCACAUUGGACGAGAUCGAUGUGGCCCGGCAUCGCGAGAUUACAUCGAAGGCAGUGUCCGCUAUCCUCCUCCUGACCUUGAAGUGGUUCAAGAUGUCCCAUGUGAUGAAGUUCCACCACCUGGGACAGCUCCUGCUCGAUACCAACUGCCUCCUGCUGAUUUUGAAGAUCUUCAGCCUGCACGAGGCGUCUGCCGCAGUGGUGGCGAAGGCGGACAUCCCUGAGCGGAACUUCUUCCGAUAUUGCCAGGUGCGCUUCGCGCGUCGCUCCAACAUGGGCGGGCCGGACGAACCACCGGCGCAGCGCCCCUCACGGCAGACGAUUGUGCGCAAGACGACGCUCCCGAACGGACAGAAGCACGAGGAGGAGGUCGACCUGCUCACCGACUUCUCGUGGCGCAACUUCUUCUCCACGAUCAACUUCGCUAAGAUCAUGCAGAAGCUGUCCAAGCACCGGUCGCAUCGCAUCCGCAUGCUGGUGCAAUACAAGAGCUCGGCGGUGCUGAAGCGGAUAUUGAAAGUGCAGCACCCCAUGCUGCAGCUGCAUGUCCUCAAGCUCAUCAAGAGCCAAGUGCCGUUUUGCGGUCGGAAGUGGCGCCAGUCAAACAUGCAGGUCAUCACCGCGAUCUAUCUCAAUUGCAGGCCCGACCUCCGGGAUGAGUGGCUUGCUGGCAUCGAAGUGGAUGACGUCUAUGACGCGCAGGCUCAGGAACAAGCUCUUCGCCACCUGGUCAAGUUCUAUAACAAUAAGCGGUAUGGUGUUCAGGCCACCGUGCAGCCCAACGCACACCGGCGUGCCGCGAGCAUAUCCCAUCAUCUGGAGGGCCUGCACGCCCCUGCAGAGCUGUCGGGUAUGCUGCGUCCCGUACAGACUCCGAACACGGUCGACGCGGAUGUGUUCCCGCCCCUCCGAGCCCAGACCACCGAGCCGUCGAUCUUCCUCCCCUAUGUGACGGAAGACAUAGCGUUCGAGGAAGAGUACGAGGAGUACCUCCGGUGGUCCGACGAGCACUCGAGCACCAGCUCGCGUAGCUCGAACGCAUGGCACCGCCUGCCCGAGCUCGUCCACGACAUCGCGGACAGCAUCAGCGACAGCGAAAGCAUCGUCUCCAUCGGCGAGCUUUCGGAUGAGGCGCGGGCCGCGGGCGAGAAGGACCGCGACCUCCCCGACGAGAACGUGAACAACUGGGAGCACAUGAGCCCGAAAACUAUGGCAGCACUGACGAAGUCGCCCUCUCAUGGACGCCGGUCGAGCUCCGGCAGCGGAAGCCUUCGGCCUGUCCUUCCGUUCGAACUGGACGACGGCACGGCUGUGGACGAUAACGACGAAGACGAGGAGCUCGGGCCGAUGCCGAAGGAGCCGUCCGGACCCUUCCAUGCAGGUGCCGGCGUAGACGAGGUUGAAUAUGCAUAUGGGUGA